AUGGUUCCAACUUCGGAAACGUUAAGAACCUACAGCAAGAGAAAAGGAAUGGCCCCGCACAAAGAAGAAUUUUGCUUUGUACUACGACAAAAACCCCUGAACCUGCGCCAUGUUGGGCAGGCGGCAGCAGGAAGCGCGGCCGCACGCACCGCUGUUGUCCUCUCUCCGAUACGCCGCUUCGGCGAAAUAACCCGCUCGGGACUGGAAACCAGUCACCGUGUCACCCGAGGAGGCCUCCCUCCGUCCUUGCGGCGUGGAUUUAAACCCGAGCUUCUCUUCAUCUGGUCCAAGCACAGGAUCAAAGUCUGCAGUAACGAAGAGAACGAGGCAGAAGAGAAGCUGUCUUCCCUCCCACACAUCAAGGAACAAGAUCGUGCAGUAGCUGAAAUUGAGAAAAAGAUUAUAGAAGCUUUUGAGGUGUUUGACCAUGAAUGCAAUAAAACUGUGGAUGUCAGAGAGAUUGGCUCAAUUGUCAGGUCACUGGGUUGCUUCCCAACUGAGGCAGAACUACAUGAACUGCUUGCAAAGGUAGAAGAAGAAGAACCGACCGGAUACAUUCAUCUGGAAAAAUUUCUUCCAGUGAUGACAAAAGUACUACUCGACAGAAGCUACCGGCCUAUUCCAGAAGAUGUUCUUCUGCAUGCAUUUGAGGCUUUGGAUGAGAAUAAAUGUGGAUAUAUUACUAAAGAGGACCUGGUUAAAUAUUUGACUGAAGAAGGUGAGCCCUUUACUCAGGAAGAAAUGGAGGACAUGCUCUCCACGGCUCUAGAUCCAGAGACGAACACUGUUCGCUACAGAGACUACAUUUCAAUGAUGAUAGUAGAUGAAAGUUAA